AUGGCCACUUUUAGGAAAUGUCUUUGGACUCCUGAAGAAGACAUGAGGCUGGUGACUUACAUCAGUAGAUAUGGCACUUGGAAUUGGACGCAAAUGCCUGCACUUGCUGGAUUGUCGAGGAGUGGGAAGAGUUGCAGGCUGAGGUGGUACUUGAACUAUUUGGAUCCACGAGUGAAACGUGGUAACUACACUCGAGAGGAAGAUGAAAUCAUAAUUAACUUGCGAAGUAUUGGAGCUGGAUGGUCUGCAAUCGCAUUAAGGCUCCCCGGACGGACAGAUAACGAAAUCAAAAACCGCUGGCACUCCAAGCUGAUCAAGAAACAAAUAGCCAAUGAUAUGGCCGUUGAAACCAUGGCACCAAUCAUAGAGAGAAUAGAAGCAGAAAUAGAUGCUGAUCUAUUUCCAGAAGCUCCUGAUCUAGAAGAAGACUACCCUAUCUCAUCCGACAUCCUAAACAUGAAUGUUUACUUGAACGAUAAGCCGGUCCCUCCUACGUUUGCGGAUGCUCAUACCAGUUUCUGGAGAGAACCAUUCUCAUUUGAAAAUAUUUACGACAUAGAUGAGUAUGCAGCAUAUGUUGAUCCUCAAAUUGGUAUGACAUACCCUCAAAAUUGGUUCGGAGGGCCUUUUAAUUCAUAUUAUGGCGUGCUAUGA